AUGAUCCGCAUGGUCUCGCUGCUGCUGGGAGCCACGCUGCUGCUCUGUGGCCACGGAGCCUUUGCCCGACGGGUGGUCAGCGGUCAAAAGGUGUGUUUUGCUGAUGUGAAACAUCCGUGCUACAAAAUGGCCUACUUCCAUGAACUGUCUAGCCGAGUGAGCUUCCAGGAAGCACGCCUGGCUUGUGAAAGUGAAGGAGGUGUCCUCCUCAGUCUUGAGAACGAGGCUGAACAGAAGUUAAUAGAGAGCAUGUUGCAGAACCUGACCAAACCUGGAACGGGGAUUUCAGAUGGUGACUUCUGGAUAGGACUUUUGAGAAGUGGGGAUGGCCAAACGUCUGGUGCCUGCCCAGAUCUCUACCAGUGGUCUGAUGGAAGCAGCUCCCAGUUCAGGAACUGGUACACUGAUGAACCUUCUUGUGGAAGCGAAAAGUGUGUUGUCAUGUACCAUCAACCAACUGCCAAUCCUGGCCUAGGAGGUCCCUACCUUUACCAAUGGAAUGAUGACAGGUGCAACAUGAAGCACAAUUACAUCUGCAAGUAUGAACCUGAGAUUCAGCCAACAGACCCCGUUGAAAAGCCGUAUCUUACAAACCAACCUGGAGACACCCAUGAGAAUGUGGUUGUUACUGAAGCAGGUAUAAUUCCCAAUCUAAUUUAUGUUAUCAUACCAACGAUUCCGCUGCUUUUACUGAUACUUGUUGCUUUCGGAACUUGCUGUUUCCAGAUGUUGCAUAAAAGUAAAGGAAGAACCAAAACUAGCCCGAACCAGUCUACACUGUGGAUUUCAAAGAGCACAAGAAAAGAAAGUGGCAUGGAAGUAUAAUAAUUAACUGACUUUGCUCCAGAAAAUAAAAAUAGUUUUGUAAUUCUUGAUCAGUGUAAGGAAAGGCAUCAUUAGCUUGGAAUGGCUUGAAAUCUCAAAGGAUCUACAAGAUGAACUGUAAGCUCCCCCUUGAGGCCAAUGUCAAAAUAAAUUUUAUAUGUUCAUAGUUUCACUUACAAAA